AUGGCUGACGGCGUCUCGAUCUACGACGAAAUCGAAAUCGAAGACAUGACCUUCGACCCCGUACUUCAAAUAUACCACUACCCAUGCCCCUGCGGAGACAGGUUUGAAAUCGGUCUUGCAGAUUUGCGCGAUGGAGAGGAAAUCGGCAUCUGCCCCAGCUGUAGUUUAAUGAUUAAAGUCAUCUUCGAUGAGGAUGACCUACCGAAGGAUGACAAUGGUGAUAACGGCGGAAUGGCAACUGCUAUUACUGCGUAA